AUGAAGUUACUUGCAAUAUCAACCCUCUGCUCCCUGGUGCUCGCCUCCGCCGUGCCCCUCGCCACCAAAUCCACCGCCCUCGGAGUAGCCCUCGCAGCAGCACAAAAAUCAUGUCAAACGCCCGGAGGUAUCCAGAUCGCGAACCUCGCGUGUCGGAAUACUUGUAUUGCCCAAGGCGGAGGCUGGACGGGGGGGUUUUGUGACGACCAGGGGUAA